AUGCCUCACUCCAGCGCCGACUCUGGUCAUCUGACCAAGCGCCAAAAGGUCGCAUCCGUGACCAAGGCGACCGAGGCGGCCGGUCCCUAUGUUUCCAGAAUCUUUGCACCAUACAGAACUGUCGGGCUCGUCUCUCCAACUAGUGUCCCUUUUACCUCGGUGCCCCUGGGCAAGACCUCCUUUCAGAUAUCCACCUCGGUUGGCCGAUCCGUCCAGACGUACGACCUGAGCCGCGGUCUCAACCUCGUCUUCGUGAGCAAGCCGCAAACCCCGCACGACAUCACCGCCACGCUUGCAUGGAGGCAGAAGGUAUUCGUGGCCUGGGGCGGCGCGGAGGAGGGAAGCACCCAGGGUAUCUGGAUUCUGCAACGCGGAGACAAAACCGGCGAGCUGCAGCUGCCGGGGGACAUUUCCCAGCCCAUCAAACAGAUCCUGAUGCUGGGUACGUGGCUCGUCGCCUGUGCGCAGAACAGGAUCGAGGUCUUCAAGUCGGUUACUCUAGAGCACUACACUACCAUCUACACCAUGGCUUCCACGACCAAGGGCGGCAAUGAGAUCACCGGCGCCACCAGCAUGCCCACGUUCCUUAACAAGAUCUUUGUUGGUCGCAAGGACGGCUGGGUUGAGAUCUGGAACCUCAGUACCGGAAAGCUCAUAUACACCAUCCUGCCUCCAUCGCCCGACUGUGGCGGUGUGACCUGCCUUGAGCCCAGCCCCGCGCUGUCCCUCAUGGCUAUUGCCUAUGCCAGUGGCACCCUCGUCAUCACCAACGUCCUGACCGAUAAGCCCAUCCUCAAGUUCGAGGCCGGUAGCCCCGAGAGGCCCAUUCACCAUAUCUCUUUCCGAACCGACGGCAUGGGCGCUGGUCAGGAUGGCAGGAAAGAAGGUGUCAUGGCCACGGCCGGCCCCUCGUCAGGCGACGUCACCUUCUGGGAUCUCAAUGGCGGAGGGCGUGUCAUGGGUGUUCUGCACGGCGCCCACAACCCGCCCUCAUCCAAUGGCUCUAGCAUUGUACGGGGCGGUCUGAGCAAGAUUGAGUUCCUCGAUGGCCAGCCCGUCAUUGUCACCAGCGGUCGCGAUAACUCCCUCAAGACUUGGAUCUUUGACGAGUCUCCAUUCUCCCCCGUCCCGCGAAUCCUGCACUCGAGGAGCGGCCACGCCGGACCAGUCAACUGCCUUGAAUUCCUGCCCACCGACUUUGAGGGCGCCGAGGCAGGUAACAAGUGGCUCCUCAGCGGUGGUCAGGACCGCAGCCUGUGGGGAUGGAGUUUGAGGAGGGACGGCCAGAGCGCCGAGAUCAGCCAGGGCAACAUCCGCAAGAAGGCCAAGAAGGUCGGCAUCCUCGCCAAUAACGCCCUUGCCCACGGCCCCUCGACUACUCUCGAGGACCUCAAGGCGCCCGAAAUUACCUGCAUUGCCUCGUCGUUAAACCGCGAUGGAGGUAUGGGCGCCAUGCCUGGAAACCAGCCCAUCUGGCAGAAGGGACAGCCGCAGAAGAAGAACCAAGACGCCGAGACAAGCGGCAUGACUGGUUGGGAGAGCAUCGUGACGGCACACAAGGACGACCCGUACGCCAGGACGUGGUUCUGGGGCCGCAAGCGCGCCGGCCGAUGGGCCCUCCCAACCAGCGACGGGACCAAUGUGUCCACCGUCACCAUCAGCCCGUGCGGCACUUUUGCCGUUGUGGGGUCCGAGGGCGGUGCCAUAAACAUGUACAACCUGCAGUCGGGCAUGCACCGCCAGCAGUACCCGUCGAAGCUGACGCCCGCGCAGGCGCGCCAGGUGCGGAUGCAGCAGCUGCGGCAAGCUGACGAGGUGACGCAGUUCCACAGCGAGGGCGGCAAGUUCCCCGCCGGCACGGGGAGGCACACCAAGGCUGUGACUGGCCUGGUUGUCGACUCAUUGAACAAGACGGUCAUCUCGUGCUCGCUCGACGGCAAGAUCAAGUUCUGGGACUUCCUGACAGGCAGGCUGGUGGAGCAGCUCGACUGGGCGCCCAUGACGAGCCCGACUGCCUGCCGGUACCACGAGAGCAGCAACCUAGUGGCCUUCUCCUGCGACGACAUGUCGAUCCGGGUGGUGGACCUUGAGACGAAGCGGACGAUCCGUGAGUUCUGGGGUCCCAAGGACGUCAUCAACGACUUUUGCUUCUCGUAUGACGGCCGGUGGAUCAUUGCCGCCUCGCAGGACGGCACCAUCCGCGUCUGGGACCUGCCGACCAGCCAUCUCAUCGACGCCAUCCGUCUCGAGAAGCCGUGCAGGGCCCUUGCCAUGUCCACUUCGGGCGAGUACCUUGCCGCUACCAUCCAGGACGAGCCGGGCGUCGCCAUGUGGACCAACAAGUCACUCUUCAAGCACGUCGCCACCAAGCGCAUCACCGAAGGCGACAUUGCCAAGGUGGCCGCGCCUACGGUGUCGGGCGAGGGCAACAGCGCUAUGCUAGAGGGCGCCUUCGAGGACGACGAGGUGGAUGACGAGGAUGCCUUCGUGGCCCCUACUAUUGACCAGCUCAGCUCCGACAUGACGACGCUCAGUCUGGUCCCCAAGGCUAGGUGGCAGACCCUCCUGCACCUCGACCUAAUAAAGGAACGCAACAAGCCUAGAGAAGCCCCCAAGGCACCUGAGAAGGCACCGUUCUUCCUCCCCUCGACGACGGGGGCACCGUCAUCCACCACGCAGGAUGCCACGACCAAGGACGAGACGGCAGAUGACCUAGGCAAGUCGCGCAUCACGAAGAUGGACAAGGCGAGGGCCGAAGAGAUGUUUGGCUCCAAGCUGCGAACAUGCUCCCAGACGGGCAACUACGACAUCUUCAUCGAGCACCUUAAAUCCCUCUCGCCGGCAAGCGCAGACCUCGAACUACGAUACCUGUCGGCAGGCAACGGCGCUGACGAGGAAACAUCCAACGAGAUCCUACACUUCAUCCGGGCCCUCACACAGCGACUGCAGUCGAGGCGGGACUACGAGCUCAUGCAGGUGUGGAUGACGGUGCUGUUGAGGCUGCACUCGGACGUCAUCAUAGCAAGCGAGACGCUUCUGAAGGCGCUGGGGGAGUGGAAGGCGUACCAGGAGAAGGAGUGUGCUAGGUUGGAUGGGCUGGUUGGGUACUGCAGUGGUGUGGUGAACUUCUUGAGGAGUCCGAGGGCGUAG